GCAAAGUGAUACACAAGCAUUGUACAUUUGCCCGCCAUUUUGGAGAUCGGACGAAAACUGGUUUUUGUGGGUUGGAACAUUUUGUGGUUAGAUCAAGAAGAUUGUAUGUUUGCAUGGUGUGACGAACAUUCAGAUCAAAAGUUUAUCUAACUUAAAAGAGUUUUGGGGAUUAUUUGUGCAUAUGACUUCUAAAAGGCUACCUGCAGAUACCUGUGGUAGGCCGUUUUACAAAAUUGUGGUUGUUGGCGAUGGAGGUGUUGGAAAAUCUGCACUGACAAUACAGUACUUUCAAAGAAUGUUUCUUGAGGAGCAUGAUCCCACGAUUGAGGACUCAUAUAUUCAAAACGACGAAAUAGAUGACGAAUGGUGUAUCUUAGAUGUAUUGGAUACUGCUGGUCAAGAGGAAUUUAGUGCUAUGCGAGAACAGUAUAUGCGGAAAGGUCAAGGAUUUAUUAUAGUGUAUUCAGUUACGGACCCUCAAAGUUUUCAUGAAGUUCGAAGGUUUUACACACAAAUUUUACGAUGUAAAGAUUGCGACUCUUACCCUAUGAUACUGGCUGCCAACAAAAUUGACUUGGUUCAGCAACGGAAAGUUUCAGAAGAAGAAGGACAACGUCUAGCAGAUGAUCUGAAGGUCCCUUAUAUUGAGACUAGCGCAAAAGAUCCCCCAGUCAAUGUAGACAAAAUGUUUCACGACAUGGUGAGAAUUAUUAGACGACAACCACCUCCGCCUCCACUAACAUCAUCAAAAAGUGACCGUAAGAAAGUCCGUUGCAUGUUAUUAUAACACAAAUGAUAAAAUGUACUAACAGUUUUUUGUAUUAGAAUAUGAAGUGUGUAUGGUUUUCACACAUUUGUGUAUUUUUCUCCUUGUGGAUACCUUUUUACCUUUUAACAAUGUAUCAAUGAUGUAACCCUAACUUCUUCUUCCUUUUCUGUUCUACCUUUUUUCCGCCUUUUAUUAGUUUUUAAUAUGCUUUUGUGUGUGUAUGUGUAGAUAUAUAUGUGCGUGGAUGUGGAAGAAUUACAAUUGUUCAGCUGUUGUCAUAUCAGUGUAACGUGUGAUUGAGUGCCCUUUUCUCUGUCUUAUCUUCUCUUUUCACUAUGCCCUUCAUUUUCAACUGCUUUUAGCAUCUUUUCUGUCUGUAUGUGCACUCAAUCAGUGCUGUAUUAUGUUGGGAUUGCGCCACUUUCGCCAGUUGUUAGUUCUGUUUCUCUCCUUCCCUCUUCCGUCCGCCAUAUAUAUAUAUAUAUAUAUAUAU